AUGCGUAUAAACAACACUUUCUCUGCUGGUUUGCCUAUUGUUCAUUCGAAUGCAGAGUUUUCAGCUUUAGUAAACUCAAACACUUUAGCAAACAUAAACUUAACCUUAGUUGACGCAAACUUUGUUCCUGUAAAACUUUUAUGUCCUAUGUAUUUGUCAAUGACGGCAGAAAGUUUCGAAUUGGAAGAUGCAACCGGUGAAAGUAUUGUAUUACAAGAACAACUUCAACAACAAAUAGCUCAAGAACAACAAAUGCAACAAAUGCAACAACAAAGUCAAGAAUAA